AUGCAGCUUACGUCUUUGAUAUCAAGCACAAAUAAUGGUGUCUGUUUCUUCCCAAAGUUUGCAGUGAAACAAGGACAGAACCCAGUUCCUGAUAAGCAAGAACAAUGGAAGGUUUUACAGAGCUUGGCUCCACCUCUAAUGGCUGCCGCUCUGGCCUUGUCUCCAAUCUGCAUUACUCCUGUUUCACAUGCCCAAACUAUCGACGUUCAGAAAGGAGCUGCAUUAUUUGGUACUACUUGCAUCGGAUGUCAUGAUGCAGGUGGAAACAUAAUCCAACCAGUUGCAACACUAUUUACAAAAGAUCUACAAAGAAAUGGAGUUGACACAGAGGAGGAAUAUCGUGUUACUUACUUUGGCAAGGGAAGAAUGCCAGGUUUUGGUCAGAACUGCACACCAAGACGCCAAUGCACAUUUGGAGCUCGUUUGCAGGACGAGGACAUUAGGCUUUUGGCUGAGUUUGUCAAGUUACAGGCUGAUCAAGACUGGACGAAUAGCUUAAGUAAUGAAUGAUUAGUUGACUAAAUGCGAUUGCUGACUCAAAUUUCGGGUAACAUUGUUCUUUGCGUGUUACAUAUUAUUCAGUAGUACAUUAAUGUGGGCAUUAUCCUGUAUUUAAAUUGUAGAAAAGCUUUAUAGAUAUCAAUAGGAACUUCUAGGACUGAAUCUAGUUCCUUCUUUUACGGUCUUAUUCCCCUUGGGCAUAUCUUUUAUAUGAAACUGAACAAUCUCAGGCUUCCUCAAAAAGUAGAAGUAUUGGUUAGCUAAUAGUUUUUAAAACAAGAAAGCAGUUAUACUUUGCUGCUGCAUACAUUUUUGUAAAGUUGGGUGAGACUCUACACCUUCUGUUAGCUUAUACCAUGUUUGCCUUAAGCUCCUGUUGUUCCCCGUGUUGAAUUGGUACUUGGUUAUAAUUAACUGUUGAGCUUUUAGGCUCCUCCCUUUGUGAAAAAUCAGUCGUUGAAGGCUCUUAAACUUUGCAUUAAGCUCCUAGUGUUCCCCAAAUUAUAAGAAAUCAGAAAUUGGUUCA